AUGUCAGAUCAGGAGACAAAACCUUCAGCUGAGGACUUGGGAGAUAAGAAGGAAGGAGAGUACAUUAAACUCAAAGUCAUUGGACAGGAUAGCAGUGAGAUUCAUUUCAAAGUGAAAAUGACAAUACAUGUCAAGAAACUCAAAGAAUCAUACUGUCAAAGACAGGGCGUUCCAAUGAAUUCACUCAGGUUUCUCUUUGAAGGUCAGAGAACUGCUGAUAAUCAUACUCCUAAAGAACUGGGAAUGGAGGAAGAAGAUGUGAUUGAAGUUUAUCAGAAACAAACAGGGGGUCAUUCAGUGGUUUAG